CAAGAGUGACUGAGAGAGGGAGGUAACUGUAGGCGCUGUUUAGACUCUCAUUUGUUUUAAAGCGUGAUAUUAAACAGCGGGUUUCUGUCUCGACCGCCAUUAGCUUCACCCCGAGUGUCCCCGCCGACCGACCGUGAGCUGCCGAGGUGAGUGGACACGAAGGACCGCUUUCGGGAAGAUGUCUCACAUACUUGUUCCGACGUAGGGGGAGUGUGCAGCAGCCAGUUGGCUUGACUCGCUAGCUAGCUCGGUGAGUGGAGGGCUGCGGGCCCUCCUCAGCCUAAAGUAGGUCCUGCAGCUGGGCAACACUCUCUGCGACAACGGCCGUUUGACAACUGCACAGCCGGGACAUUAGCAGGCCGGUCCGGACCGACUGAAAGCCCCGGGUCGAUCAUCCUCCGGGCGGCUGGUGUCAGCGUCUAGAGCCGCAUUGCUGGACAAGACGACACAAAGUGUGGCGUUGCGUUAUGAGCUCAUGAAACGCAACAGGAGACCGAGAGAGGAAGAGAGAUGGCGUAGAUUCAUCUUGAUCACAGCGAGAAGUAAAAUAGACCCCAGUGUGCUGUUUAAUAUGAUCUAAGCUCUUAGAGGCUGCACCCAGCUCGUCCCUUUCUGACGGAGGAUACACAUAGCCAUACGGGACUCGGAAUCAGGCUGUCAAUAUGUCGAAAAUGCCGGCCAAGAAGAAGAGCUGUUUCCAGAUCACCAGUGUGACUCAGGCCCAGGUGGCGGCUAUAGGUGCCGCGGACGACACGGAGAGUCUGGACGACCCAGACGAGUCGCGGACUGAAGAUGUGUCGUCAGAGAUCUACGACAUGUCACGGGCUGAGUACGAGCCUGCGUGUGACAGGAGUUCAUCCGAAGAAGCCCUGAAUAAUGUCGGGGAGCCAGAGGCGAUCAGUGUUAUGGCACCAUCACACAUACCUCAAGUCGGUCAGGUGUCUGCGCUGUCAGGCAGCGCCAUGGGUGAGUAUCGGAAGGUGGGAGUGUCGGGCUCGACUCAAGGUGGGCAGCAGCAGCAGCAGCAGCCGGGGAUCAGCGCUGCAACUGGUGUAGCCCCCAUCAGUCAGCCCGGGGCAAUGCAGCAACAGCCUGCUCCUGCAACCAGUGUGUCAGUGAACACAUCCCAACCUGCUGCAGUGACCAGUUCAGCUCCUGCUCCUGCCACCUCCACAGUGAGUUGCACUUCACGCUUCAGGGUCAUCAAACUCGAUCAUGGUACCGGAGAACCCUUUCGAAGAGGCAGGUGGACGUGUACAGAGUUUUACGAGAAGGACUCUGAGGGCUCUGCUGUCAGUAGGACUGUAGAUAGCAUUAGGCAUGCCAGUGCGACCGCACUGGACCCUGCUGCGGACAGAGACAGUGGGAUCGGGCAAACGGGAGGAUCUGUGGUUGCCCCGGCAACACACUCAGGUCAGGGUUUGGGCUCUGUGGCGGACGCUUCUGUCCCUUCAUCCCGCAUGCAUUCAGUGGAGACGCCACCGCAGCAGCAGCAACAAAUCCAGCAUCCACACUACAGCGCCCGGCAGCAGGGUGUCAGUGGGUCGGCCACGCAGAGUGCGUUCUCCAGCAGCAAGCCUGCAGCUGUCCCAGCUCAGCCAACAGUGGGUCUCCAGCCUUCUGCUCCCCAGGGCGUGCUGCCCGUAGGACAAAACGGCCUGCCUCAACCUGUCGUACACAUACAAAAGUCCCCCAUCAUGCCGCCUACAGCCCAGACCGUCACUUACCCUCCCCAGCAGCAGCAGCUUCCUAUGGGCCACCACCUGACCGGCCAGUCUUCUGGACUGCUACAGAACCAGACGGAGUACUAUCAGCAGCAGCAGCCAGGGCUUUCCACCGGCCAGUCUGCAGGGCCUCAGCCUGUGGGACAAGCACACGCUCCAGUCCUGCCUCCAGCCUCUGGAGCGGUGUCACUGCCGAGUCAGGUUGGAGAUGUCGCAGGAGCAGGGGGAGGAUCUGUACCUCCCGGACAGCCAGCUGCAGUCCUCCUGCAGCAGCAGACCGGAGGAAUGGGAGGCGUCGGAGGCUCCAUGCUGGUCGGUGGAUCCACUGUGGGUCAUUACACAGCCGCCGGACAGCCUCAACCCCACAGCCUCCACCCUGCAUCCUCCGGUGUACAAAACGUGCCUGCCAGCGCAGUGAGCUCCAGUUUGCCCACCACUGUGCCCACUGCUGUGCCCAGUGCCUCCAGUGCAGCCAUGCCAAAUGUGACAACCUCCAGUUUGCCUCCGGGUCAGAUACCCCACAGCAGGACUCUAGUGGCUUUGGGGGCGCAGGGCCUCCCAGCAGCUGGAUUUGGACAUGUAGAGGGUGGCAGCGGUGCAGGUGCAGGGAAGUCAGAGGGUCUCGUCAACGCACAGUCUCCUGUCGUCUCUGGGAAGGAACCGGUGAAGCCCCUCAUGCCUGAGAGCCUGCAGCUUGCCACGCCGACUGUCAACAGCCUGUUUGGAAUCCACAUACCUGUCGACGGGGAUGUGGACAGGAACCCCUCCAAGGCUUUCUACCAGGCCUUCCAGUCUGGCAGCAGAUUAAGGGACUCAAAGGCCCACAGUGAUAGGGCCUCGGGAACCAAUGUUGCUGCCAUUGAUAAUAAAAUAGAACAGGCAAUGGACCUGGUGAAAAGCCAUCUGAUGUAUGCGGUGCGCGAAGAGGUGGAGGUCUUAAAGGAGCAGAUCAAGGAGCUGUUUGAGAGGAACUCUGUGUUGGAGAGGGAGAACGCCGUGCUGAAAUCCCUGGCCAACAGCGAGCAGCUGUCUCAGCUGCCCGCCCACUCGGCCACCAGCUCUGGCGCCACGCCCCCGCAGCAAGGACUCAGCCAGCCUCAGCAACAGGCCCAGCCUCCGCUUCAAGCUCAGCCUCAGCCGCAGUCACACCCCCAGCUUCAGCACCACCCCAAACCCCAGCAGAUCCAGACGCAGCCUCAGCUCGACCCCGGCCAGCAACAAAUGCAACCCAACGUCACCUCCGCUUGAAGUGCAUCUGCUCUGCUUAGGGCAAGAAAAAAAAAAAAAAAAAAAGAAGAGCAUCUUCUCUACAACUUAUUACGAUUAGUGUAUGUGAAAUUAAAAAGAAGAAAAAAAAACUUUGUCUUCUUAGCCACCAGCUUGACCACAAAGUACAGUGCUUGUGUGUGUGUGUGUGUGCGUGUCAGGGUGCGUUAGCAAGCAAGUGCGACUGUGAAUCGGUGUCGGAAUGUAAGUGUGUAUGCAUCUGUACUGUGGGCCUUUCCAGUGUUAAUGCAAUCAUCAGAGAGAAAGACAGAGAGACUUAGACGGAGAAAGUGUGCAGAGCCAGAGUAUCAGGGAAGGUCGGGGUGUUUGUUUUCAUCUUGGCUACGUUCCCAGAGUGGUUGACUGCUGCGUCCAAGCUCGUGAACAGGAUGUCUUUUCUUGGACUAGGCUCGAGCCAGACCGGCCCACGACCUGACCUGAAACCUGCUCGACCCGUGGGUGUGGAAAGGGAGGGCUUUGCCUCACAUAAGGGACAAACGGGAGGGAUUGUCAAAAAGAGAGCGAUUAUUUUUUUAAAUGAGAUAACUGAGUGGGUAACGGGGUAUUUUUAGCCUUGCUGUUUCAUGUUGUAAAGUAAGAAGUGGGAGAGAGAAAGAGAGAGUCUUUUUUUUUUUUGUUUUGUUUUUUCGGAGCGCCACACCGCUGCCGUUACUUUUACAUCAACUCUUGCAUCAGUCUUUUGAGUUCUACUGUUAAGUGUUUUAUUUAUUACAGGGCUGCUAUUUUCAUAAAUGAACAAUUUCACGAAACCCAUCUAACAAUAGCCCGGUGACUUGUUUCCUUUUUCUUCUACAGUGUUUCAACAGAUUGGCCAUAGAAAGGCAAAGUCCCUCCCUUUCCGGUGUCUCCCAUGGGACCAUAUUCCAGAAAAAAAAUAUGUAUGGUAGUCAACAAGAGACAAAUAUUUUUGCUCCUAUUUAAAUUGUGCCAUGAAUGACAAAUAAUGUUUGUCAAUUUAGAAGAUAAUUUUGCAAAUCAAUAAAGGCGCAGUUUGUUGUACCAUGGCUGCACAAUUAAUCAGAAUAUAUUGAAAUUGCAGGAGUUGCAAUUUUUAAAUAAAUGUAAAAUGAAUUAAAAUAAAUAAAUAAAAACAUACUACUAUAAAUAAAUUGUUAAUGUUGUGCUGCAGAGAUGCCCUGGCAUACAACUCAUAUUCCAGAUGUAAGGGAACUUGCUUGUUUGGUACAGACCCCAACAAAAAUCACAUUUUCAUUUAUUUUGUUAAAAAUCAUGACUCAUAUUGCCAUUUUCAAAUUAAUUGUAAUAUGAUUUGUUUUCCAUAUCCUACAGCCCUACAUAGUACCAUAUAGUUUUGUGUGAAACCGCUCAGUGAACUGUCUCAUCUCGAACAAUGUACGCUACUGACACCAGCUAGCUAGCUAGCUAGCUAGUUAAGUAACUUAGCCAUGUUCCUUGCACUUUUCUAACGUUGUCUUACCUAGAGAUGUUCCGAUGCCAUUUUUUGUUUCCCGAUUCCGAUGCCUGAACUUGCCAAUGUAUCAGCCGAUUCAGAGGACCGAUCUGAAAAUGCUACUUCGGGCUAGUAAAUUCAGCAUCUCACUCGCCCAGCCAGGCAAGUGGUGAAUAAGACUUAAACUGUUUUUUUCCCCGGAGCUGAUGAUGGAAGUAGCUAAGGAGUGAGCCAUCUUGUUUAGGUAACUUGUGUAACUUUUUUGGCACACACCAUAUUGGUUUUUGUCCAUACAUAAUUUUUUAUUACGAAUCCUACGCAUUGUUUUAAAAAUAAGACCCCUGUUGCUAUGUUCCUUCCACAAUUGUAACGUUGUACCUAGUUAUGUUCGAUACCAUUUUUUUCCUUCACAAUUCUGAUACCUGAACUUGCCGAUUUAUCAGCCGAUACCAAGUACCGAUCUGAAAGUGCUACUCCCUGCCCAGCCAGGCAAGUGGUGAAUAAGACUUAAAGAAAUGGUGUUUUUUUUUCUGGAGCUGAUGAUGGAAAUAGCUAUGGACUGACCCAUCUCGCUUCCAUCUCAUCUCUGCCAAGAGUUGCACAAGAGCUUGCGAGAAAAUAGAGGCAAGUAAAGACGAAUCUCAUGAGCUGAAGCGCAAGCGAGCGUUUAAAUUAUCCUGGAAACAGGAGUGUAGUUGGGUGGUGGUAGAGGAUGUGGGCGAAACUCCAAUGAAGUAUUGUGCAGUUUGUCGAAAGUUUGAGAGCAAGGCAGAUAAAAUGGACGUUUUUCAAAGGGUGCGUCAGUUUUCCGAAAAAGAUCCUAAAAAUUCACUUUAGUCUUUAUUAUUUUUUAUUGGGGCAAGUAAAAUUUGACGUUGGGCAAGUACAUUUCUGACCUGGCAACAAAAAAAAAUGUUGAAUGAUGCUGUUUAUUGGAAGUCAAUUCUUCCCUGUCGCUUUAAAAAAGUAGUUUCCAGUGGCUGCAGAGUGCAACUUGCUUUGUAGGCUAGUGUUUCAGAGCGGCGCAAAAUCUGCCCUUUUCCACUUAUAAAACUAGUUUAAAGUUUAUCAAUACAUUGUGGUAUUGGAUCAGUGCAUAGACUUGCAUUCUCGCCAAUACCCGAUCCAGCAUUUUAUGCGGUAUUGGAGGCGAUUCUAAUACUGGUAUUGGUAUCUGAAUUUCUCUGACUUUACCUGAUGAGUUUUAUUCAGCAACUCCUAAUCUAUUUAUCAGCCAGAAAGCUAAAGAACAAACAGGACGUGGGGUCUCAUUUAUGAACACUGCGUACACACAAAAUGAGGCCUUGAUGGGGAAACUUUGACCCACACUUAAGAACAUUUUGGAGACAGGAAAUUGGCGAUGCAGAUGGUGAGGUGGAAGCUGGACUGUAGAAACUGUCGAAUAUUUUUUGGAGCACGGCAUUUUUGACUUUAGUUCGUACGUACAUUUUUACUAUGGGACCUACACACUGUUUUGUAAAUUAAAGUUGUCCUGUGAGUAUAUCCCAGUACAAAACACAUGGGCAUCGUAGCUUCAGUGAGAGAGAAAGCUACGACAUCACCCACCCGACUUUGUAAUCACAAAUAUUUUCCAGGGUUACACUUUUAACAGCUUUACGACAAAGUGACUCACUUGUCUUACAAAAUUUUCUUUUAAAUUGACGAACGUCAUGGCACAAUCCAAACAGGAUUUUUUUUUAACCAAAAAAAAAAAAGUUAUGUCUCAUGUCAAUAACUACUGUACAUAAUUUUGUCUGAAAUAAGACCCCAUGGCGGUCCACCGGAAGGGGAGGGACCUCGCCUCUGUGUACUUCCCAGGGGCAAUGCUUAAUGUUUGAUUGUUAAAAAUGUAGGCAAAAAAGACAAAUGUUUAACACUAACUCAAAUUCUGUGCUGCAGUUGCCAAUUCAUAGCUCAAGACAAGAUCCAGUAUGAAUGUAUAGUAUAAAGUAUUAAGAGCCUUGAUGGGUGACUCUUCACCCGCUGACAUCAAAUCUUAACGUGAGCCUGCAGGAGGUAUUUGAUGAAGAGUCAAUUCUGUCAGUAGUUUUUAACUAAACAAAGUGAAUUAGUAUUGCCAUCACCCCCCUCCUUCAUGUUAGUUUCUCCCGAUGUUUUUCCUGAGGGGUCCAGGGGGGGAAAAGCUGUGAAAUCAUUCAACCUACUUUGUAACCAAAGAUGCAAAGCUGUGUAAAUUGAUUAUUUUUUAAAUGCACACUCAUGUAUUUUUCUUUUUUUUUUCUUUUUUUUUUGUUACUUCCUUCUUCACAAAAUAUUUUGUUGCUGUUCGGCAUGUUCUGCAUGAUCUGUAAUCUUCAAACCACUUUCUUACCUCAUUUUUAUUCAGCACUCUUAUUGUAAGAUAGUCUGUGAACAGUGUAAAUGGGGGCAGGGGGAGGGAGGGGGUGAAAUGAUGCGGAGCAGAGAGGAAAAAUAACCUAGUGUUACUGACACUAGUCACAGAAAAAUGAAGUGAGCCAUGUUUUGUUCAUUUAAAUGGUGUUUGAAUUUCAUAUGCCAAUAGUUUUGUUACAUUGCAAAUUUUAAUGUAUUUAAAUAAAAGCAAUAUUCAGAUUCCAAAA